GCUGUAUAAAAAUCUCCUCUACCUUGGACGGGAGUAUCCCAAAGGCGCUGGCUACUUUAGGGAUAGACUGAAGUCUGCAUUUUUGAAUAACAAAGAUGUGAAAGACCCAAAGAUGAUCAAACAAAUUAUAGCCCGAGGGGAGUUUGUCAUCAAGGAGUUGGAAGCACUUUACUACCUGAGGAAGUACAGAGCCAUGAAAAAGCGGUACUACGAACCUGAGGAAUGACUGGCCACACUUGACACCACUGCCUUGAAAUGUGACAAUAACAAAGUUAUGGUGCCCUCUAUGAAGAGGUUUUAUUAAGAAGGGUCUAAGAAGCCACCUGACCAGUCCAUCAAACACCAGAAUGAUUGAAAGCCAUAUUAAGGUUGAAUAGAAGCCAUGACAGUGCAUUCACUGUACAACAGUAUAUGCUGUUUAAUAUGCUUUCCUUGUACCAAGCAUACUUGAAACAGUAUACUGGCUUUUGUAGUCUUGUAUUUUCCUUUUUAUACAAUAUUUUUACACAGAUCAACUUUGCCAAAACCACCAUAAAACCACCUCUAAGAAGAUGUAUUUGAAACUAUGCUGGAAAAAUAUUUUGGGGGUCUGAAAAAACCUUCAAUGUGGAAUGAGAAUACUAAAACAUAGCGAUCCUGAGUUGCUUCAUUCAAGUAGAAUAACUUCAUGUGGGUGGAUAAUUCUGAGGUUUUAAUAAAAA